GUGUGACAUUAAUUUUAAAGUUGUUACGGAUGGGUGGGGCUGGGGGGCAUCCUUAAAGUCAAUUUAAGUGCUUGGGGGUCACCAGCUUAGAAUAUGAAUUUUCAGCUUUUGAACAUAAAGAAAUUCCAGUGUAAAUUUCCCUAUGUCUCAUAGCAUGUCUGGCAGGACAUCUGCUAGGCAGGUGCUUCUGAGAAGUAACUAAACUUAGCAGACGUUGGAAUGUGGAACUGAAGACGUCUUUCUCCUAACAGCUGCGUUGCUUUUAACGCAAGCCACAUGAGUAUGUCUGUGCUAGUCUCUACUAAGCAACUAUAUUAAACAACUAUUCCUAAAAUACAUCAGUCUAUGAGUAGCCUUUUAAUACUGGUUAAUCAUGUAUCAGGUUUAUGUCCUUGUAUUGAAAUGGAAAGUCUGGACCAGCGGUUCAUCAAGCAGAUAAGUCUCGUAUUCCUAUUACGCCAGUUGCCCCAGCUAAAAUCGGUUACGGGACACGUAACUCUGAACGGUGCUUUUGGUGGCACUGAUCUAGGCAUACUGAAAUCUCAAAUCAUUUUCAUUUUAUGUUUUCAUUGCAGUUCAAUAAGAUCAUUUAACUAGCUUGUCGCCAUGUAUAAAAAAAAUCUCUUAUGGGAUCAAUAAAGUUAAAUCAUAUCUGUGAACACUGUUUGCUAUACUUUACAACUGUGUUAGCGUAUUUAUUAAAACACCAAAUCAUUUGACUAAUAAUAAAGGAAUACAGAAACUCUACAAAAAAAAACUCCCACUCGCGCGAUAAGGGGACCGGAAGCCCGCGCGCAUGGAGUUCAUUGGCGAGAGGCGGACCUCUACUUGCGCGCUGUCACGUGACUUCCGCUGGAUUUUUUUCCUGCCUCUUAUCAGUGUGGGUGUAGGUAAAUCUGGGAAGUCUAACUUCCAAUAAAACAUUAAAGCCACUAAACUUUUUCCGGAGACACCACACCACUUUAAAUGUGAUUCGUAGUGUAUGUUUAUAACUAAGUUGAUACGAAGGAUGGCAUUCCUGAGCUCCGCUGCUCAAAAACAGCAUUUGAUUUGGGAAACAGACCAGCUGGUUGCCUUCCUACACCCUGAACCCUGGACUCCAGGAGCUGCUGUCCUGACUCGGAGAUCCCCCAGUGGACCCAGCAGUAUUUUUCACUUGGCAGAGACAGAGUUUCUGUCUAUGUUACUGGGGGCACGGAUGGUGGCGGCCCUCCUUUGUGAGCGUCUUUCGGUGCAACGCUGUGCGCUGGUAUUCAAACCCGAGCCGGAGCGGCCGGCUCACAUCCGCGUGCUGCCCUUGCAUGGGCUGGAUCCCAGCUGGAGGCCCCACUUGGCCGAGGAGGAGGACUUCCAGCCUCACGAUCCUGGUUACUGUACCUCCAAAUGUGGGCCACGCUGGAAGGAUGCAGAACUGGAGGAGAUCCGGGGCAAAAUUCGGGCCAACCUCCCAACUCCUGACGCGCCUCCAAACUACAGCUUCCUGGGCGAUCCCUCUCACGACGGCCUCUUCUCCCGCAUCGUGCGCGGAGAGGAGCAGCAGUGGCGGGUCUGGGAGGAUGGGAGCCACGUGGCCUUCCUCACACCAUUCCCGAGCGCGCCAGGCUUCACAGUCCUGGUGCCUCGCCGGCCACUGACCAGCGACAUCUUCCGCCUGGAUGAAGAUGACUACCGAGCUUUGGUUCUGGCCACACGCAAGGUGGCUCUGCUGCUCGAGGAGGGGUUGGGGGCCUGUGGGGUCGCACUCAUCUUUGAGGGCUUUGAGAUUGACUAUGCUCAUGCCAAGCUCAUUCCCCUACUCAGUCCACCUGAUGGGUCUGUACCCAGAUCUGCACCUGAGUACUGCCCCACCUACCCCGGAUAUGUCACAUCAGUUGAUGGCCCUGCAGCCAGCAUGGAGAUCCUUAGAGAUCUCCAUCUAAAAAUAACCCAGACAUAGCUGCAUAUAAUAAUUCAUUUUGAAUUAAACAGUUUGUUGUUAUAAUUGUAUUCAGUGUCAUUGUGAGCCUAGAGCCUUUUCCAGCAUACAUAGAACAUAUGGCACAAGGCAGGCUGAUUGGGAAGAAUAAUUUAAUCUUAUAAUUGAAAAUAAUAAUCUUUUUUUUUUUUUUUAAUGCUUUCUACCCUUGGUCUCACAGUUGUAUGCACACCACUCACCAGAAAAUCAAUAGCAACCUCAAGAAUGACUUUUAUUUGUUGUUUGUUAUAUUUGUUUAGAAGUCUGACUCCUGCUCCAGUUCUCUCUAGAUGGGGACGGUAACGUAUUAUGGUUAGAACUCCAAGCAUAGAAUGUGUGGAUAUGGGGUUCCGGGCUCAGGUUCAAUGCAGAGAAUCUGGGUGCCGGACUGAGUUGAUUAUCAUGAAGUUACAAAACUAGUAUAAAAUAUUUCCUGCGUUGAUCUGGGACUAAACUGAAGAGGUUAUGGUGGUGGAGAACUAGCGCUGAUAUACCUGAUUGGUUUCAGUGGAAUAUUCUGUUCUAUGGACCAAAUCAUUGCUGUCUGUGUUAUUAACCUUAAGGCAGGGGUCGACAAGCCUGAUCCUGGAGUGCCAGGAUACUGCAGGUUUUCCUUCCUACCUGAUCUCAGGGGAAUAGUCACUCAUCAGGUAGGAUGGAAGACCUGGAUACUGGUCCUACAGGUUCCGGGUUGCCUACCCCUGCUAUAAGGUUUUACUUUUAUACAAUACUGUUGUUUUGGGUUUAAUUGAAAAUAUUUUGCUUGAUUGAGGAGCUGCUUAAAACCAAACAUCCCGCAUUUGCAGAGAUCCACUCACUUUUGAAAUAAAUAGUAUAAUGUUAAGUGUUUUUAUUUUUUAUUUUUUGUUUUUUUACCCUGAAUUAAUUAAUCUAAUUGCUUAUUAAAUUCCUGGAGCUUUCUUCAACUUGCUACUCUGUCUACAUUAAGCGGGAAUUAUUUUCUUCUACCGCCCCCUAGUGGUGCAGCCUGCAUUGAAAUUCUGUGAACUGCAGAAUCUUUUGAGGUUGCAAUCCAUUCGGCACUUGUAUAUUUUAUAUAUUACUCAUUGUUUACACUGCUCCUGCACUAUGUUAAUUAAGAGCAAAUAUGUGUAUUCAUGUUUCACAGAUGGGUUAUAGAUUGAAUGUAUUCAUUUUUGAUUUUCUGGAUAAAAUUUUUUGCUAAAUGAAUAAAGUAUGACCUGUGAUUAACAGCAGAUUAUUCUGGCAGGUCUGGUCUGAUUGCUGAUAAAAUUUUUGGACAGUUUUUGACAGAGCAUUAAGUUUUCCAGAAGGCUAAAAACUUUUGAAAAUUCCUUUGACAUUUUAACUCUGUGGAAGUACAUGUUGGUAAUUCUCAGAAGGCAAAUCAAACCGUUUAAUACCAUAAAGGAAAACUUCAUAUUAUUUCUAUUAAUAACGCGUAUUCAACUUCUACAAUAAAAGACUCAUGAGAUGUAUAUCAUUCAUUUUUAUUUGACAAUGUUGUACUGAAAUCAGUGUCAAAUCAUUAACACAUUCUUUCCAGAACUGCUUUUCACAUUGAAUUCACUAUUAUAAUUAGCAUAGUUAUUUUAAUUCAAAAUUUUAGUUGCCUAGUUCUUCUGUUUGAACUACUUGAGUCAAUCACUUAGGGGUUGAUUCACAUUUCACACGGCUCACAGUCCUAAAUUACAAAUAUCUUACUUUUAGAUUCUGACACAGAAAUAGUACGUAUGGCAAUAUGGUACAUUAUCAAUUUUUAUAGAUAAUUUUCUAGAAGUGUCUGUUUACUUCACAUAAAUAGUAAAUUGACAUACUACUACUUUUAUCACUUGUCUUAAUAUCUUUUGAGGUUUAGAAAAGCUAAUUAUACGAAUCGGGAUACCCAGUGACUGAUCCGAGGCUCUGAUAAUUAACUAGGUACCGCCUCAGUGUUUGAGGGUAAAGGCACUGCAGCCUUGUUUAAAUCUGUAUAAAGCAGUCAGAUGUUGCUUUUAUUAGUUUGGGCCGUUUGCUAAAAUUGGAAUUAUUAAAUUGCUAAAAUAUUUUUUAUUUUAAAAUUCAGCCCUGAUUUCUCUGCAUGCAUAUUUUCAAAUAACACGUUCAUUAAAAUAUGUAUCAUAUUAUAAUUAAAAUUACAAUUUCAGAGAAAUAUUCUGCUUCUGUACUAGUCCUGAUGGACUGAAUUAUUAAACCAUGAAAAUUUGUUAAAAAAAUAAAUAAAAUUCAGAAUCUGAAGAAA